AUGGGAGUCUCGCAGUCAGCCAGCCAACCGGCCGAGGGACGUCGCACGCUGCCCACGUCCCAAGGUCGGUUGGACGCCUGGAUCGCGGAUGUGACAGCGGAAGCACUAUCCAUACGCUCCGACAGGCUACUCUGCGCAAACGUGGAGGCCGUCGAGCGCAGGCAUUGUCGCAAAGAAGGCUUAAUGGCGUGUAGUAAAUGUAAACUUGUAUCCUACUGUUCUCAGGUAAGCAGCGAUAAUGAACCUGGUGUUGCGGCUUGUCAAAGACAACAUUGGCCCCUCCAUAAAAGAGACUGCAAAGAUCCGCUCAUGGCAAGCGAUUGGAAGCCUGCUUGGGAGCGCGAGCGUCGGCUGCCAUCCUUUAUCUCCUCAGGCAAGGAGGGGCCGGGAUGGAAUAUUCGGGCACAAGGGCCAUUAAUGAUGGCGCGCCAUCUAUGGGGAAAUAUGCCAGCUGUAGAUUUGGUCAAUCUUGACAAGAACGAGAAGGAUCAUGGCACCGACCUUACGUUGGCUUGCGUGGCUUCCGGAGACCUCAGGAACGUGGUGCAAACAGUGAAUAACCUCCCGGAAGACUACGCAGGGCACAUGACGGUCGUUCUCAACGACCGCGAUCCUGUGGUUACGAUCCGCACCUUAAUCCUCCUUUGCCUCUUGGGUACCAUCGAUGACGACGUUACUGCGGCCGAACUCGCCCUCCAUUUUUGGUACUCCGUAUUCCUUCCUAUCCAAUACAGCGUCCGAAUCAAACACACUGUCAAGCCGCUCAUCGAGCAGAUUCUGUCGCGGCUGUCCGAAUGCCGGCUUCCUUUCGGGAGCACGUCUAGCAUGUCCUUUGACGUUUCCGAGGAGAUAGGUUGCUGCAUCGUAGAGAUGCUGUCCUCAACAUACUCUUUGGAGGAUGCAAGUACUGAGUAUCGGCGUGUUCGAUAUGCAGAGUCAGGGAAAGAUUACCAUGAUCGUGCGUACUGUCUAUAUGAGCCUGCACAUCGCGUCGCUUUGCAAGAAUAUCGGUUGUUCGGCCUGGUUCUCCCUUUCGGGGCCCUCAACGCCCAUUUCAACUGGCCUAAUCGGUCUCUGUUUUCCCCCGAUUGUUGCUGGUUGCAAAAUGACCACGUAACGCCUCUGGAAUCAUGGGACUUGCGGUCCGUUGUCGAAGGCGGCAGAAGACAUGGCGCACAGCGAGAAGAUAUCUUCGGAUGUCUGUACUUCUUUCUAACCGACCAACUGCGCAGAUUCGCCCGCCGUCUUCGGCAGUUCAACAUCUCUUUCCAUGUGUUCAACCGCGACGUCCGAGAGCUGGCGGAGAACAUCAGGUCGGGAGCUCUCGCCAGCUCUGGAAUGUUGCCCUGUACUUCCUUUGACCGGAUCGAAGUUUCAAACAUAAUGGACAUUGAAUACGUUGGUGUCCGUCGAGCUCUCGAAGACUGGGGUCCGCUUUUGAGGGAUAAUAAAACCUCGGCUAUUAUCGCAUACUUUAUGAACUGGCGCACUCGGCAAAAAGGAGGGGACCCUGCGACGGCUGGCGAGCACGUCAUUCUUUCUCUCAUGAAACGUUUGAAAGAGCAGAACAGGAGUAACAUGAAAAGCCUAGGUUUUUUCAUGAUCAUGCAGUACCUGGAUCCGGUAUACAACAAUUGGGUCCCAUUCAGAAAAUUCCUAAGAGAGCAGGGUACGGACGACGUGCUCAAGAAGAUGGGCCUUCGAAUGAAGGGGACGCAUACUAUAGUUCCUCACGUAAGUAUGCGAUCCAGACCGCCGCAUCCUGCCGAAGUACUUACCAGAUUACACAGAGGAACCGAGCACCAUUGGAAGGUGCUCCAAAUGCACUCCCAGUGUUCCCAGACGAUGAGAGCUGGUAUCUGGACGUAUGUUGCAUAG